CCGAGGGAUCGGACGGAGGCGUCUUAAUUAUUAAAAAGUUUCCCUGCUCUGCCCUCUUCGGCGCCUCGCCGAAUCGCAUCUCGCAGAUCUAUCAGAGAGCAGCAGUGUUCAGUUCAGUUCAGUUCAGUUCAAGGUAGUCGUUGCAGAGAGCUGCAGGGUAGGGUACUUCAAAGAUGUUCUUCAGGGUGGCGCAGCAGGUCCUCAGCAGGCAGGGGAAGAGCCGACCUGGGCCUGCCUUGCCCGGCGUCGCCAGACACUUCUCCGCUGCCGCAGACUCACAAAGGUUGGCCGGGAAGGUGGCCGUCAUCACCGGCGCGGCCAGCGGCAUCGGCAAGGCGACGGCCGCCGAGUUCGUUCGGAACGGCGCCAAGGUCGUCCUCGCCGACGUCCAGGACGACCUGGGCCGCGCGCUCGCCGCGGACCUCGGCGCGGACUCGGCCUCCUACACGCGCUGCGACGUGACCGACGAGGCCCAGGUUGCCGCGGCCGUGAACCUCGCCGUCGCGCGCCACGGAAAGCUCGACGUCAUGUUCAACAACGCCGGGGUCGUGGGGUCCCUGGCGCGGCCGGCUCUGGGCGCGCUGGACCUCGCCGACUUCGACCGCGUCCUGGCGGUGAACACCCGGGGCGUGGUGGCCGGGGUGAAGCACGCGGCGCGGGUCAUGGUGCCGCGGCGGCGCGGGAGCAUCAUCUGCACGGCGAGCAUCGCGGGGGUGCUCGGCAUGCUGACGCCGCACCCGUACAGCGUCUCCAAGGCGGCCGUGGUGGGUCUGGUGCGCGCCGUGGCCGGGGAGGUCGCGCGCUCGGGAGUGCGCGUCAACGCCGUCUCGCCCAACUACAUCGCGACGCCGCUGGUGAUGCGCAUCCUGGCGGAUUGGUACCCGGGGAUGAGCGACGAGGAGCGCAGGCUCAUCGUGGAGAGGGACAUGAACGAGAUGGAAGGGGUGGUGCUGGAGCCGGAGGACAUUGCCAGGGCGGCGCUGUACCUGGCCUCCGACGAGUCCAAGUACGUGAACGGCCACAACCUCGUCGUCGACGGCGGCUUCACGGUGGGGAAGGCGCCUAACAUGCCGGCACCGACACAGUGAGCAGCAGCAAAUGCAGCAACGUGCUAGUGAUGCCCAACGGUGGCUCGCUCGAAGGCGACAAGCUACGGUGCGCGAGCGGCGAGAUCCUAGGAGAACUGAAACUUUUUUAAUGGUCAGAGCCGCGCAGGCGCAGCAUCUGAACCACCUUAUCAUGCUGUUUGUUUGUAAAACACCUUCCAUUGGACUAUGAAUUUAAACUUUUCUUUUCAUUA